AUGGCUAUUUUAGAAAACAAACACAUUAUAUUUCUUGUGAUGUUUUUCAUUCUUCUGUAUAAGAUUACCGAAUGGCAAUAUUACAAGAACAAGAGACACCAAUUACAGUUGGAAAUUAUUUAUAAAGAAGUGAUGAAUAAAUUACAACGACAAAAGAAAAUUAGUGAGCUUAACCACUCGAUUCCUGGUUACAUUGGGUCAAUUCAAUUAAGAGAUUUGAUAUUAUCGGAGGAAAGCAAUUUAUCCCGGAAGCUUAAAUUGUGGAAGAAAGUAUCCAAAAAGGUGGAGAUGAAUACCAAUGUCAAAUCAACAUUAUUGGAAAGUCACGGCGAGAUUAUGUUGGUUUGGGAGUGGAUCACUAAUUUGUAG